AUGCGGUUACGCCAGGCCCAGUUGAAAAGAAGGAUUGGUAGUGUACAUGCUUUGCACCAGCAGAACGCAUCCGCGCCGAUAAAGUUUGACAGAACAGACCUACUGCGCAUUCAGAUUUCUCAUGAAGAUCCACUAGUCGUCAGUCUAACAGUUGUAGAAUGCCUGGUUCGAAGAGUUCUGAUUGAUCCAGGAAGUAGUACGAAUGUCAUGCCCAGAGUGACGUUCGACCGACUUGAGAUCGAACCCGAGAAACAUAAACUCACAGGAAAUCCAUUGCUCGGAUUUGAUGGGAAGUGGGUGGAGCCCAUUGGCAUGGUGGAUUUGACAGUACAAGUUGCUGAACGAGUUUUAACUGAGAGUUUUGUGGUCGUGGAAAUUCAUCCAUCGUACAACCUCUUGAUGGGAAGAGGGUGGAUUCACAGAGCUCAGGGUGUCCCAUCAACCCUACAUCAAGUGACGCGAUGCUUGGGUCCAAAUGGGACCAAGGUGAUUGACAUUCAUAGGGACCAGGUUGCAGCUAAAGAAUGUUAUUUAGUGACUUUAAAAUCUGCUGGAAAAGGAAAACAUCCCAUCCGUUCUGCCAAUCCAAGAUAG